CAUGUUUAGCUUGGCCAACAUGCUAGAGACGAGGGAUGCGUGGGGGAAACAUGGCCGCCAUAUCCCCACCAGAGUCUCCAAAACGACCUAACUCCCUGGCGGAAGAUGUACACACAUCUGGGAGCAGGUUAGACGCGGUGCAUCUGAACGGUAACUCACACCAGACGGAAGAAAGGACUUUUAAUAAACCCGGAGUGAGCCAAUAUAGCCAGCUCAGUGCCAAUGUUGGAAACGACAGCGCUUCCUUUCCCAGCCAUUCUGAGGUUAGUGAACCCGGGGCUGAAGGCGACCAAACAUUUAAUUCACUGGAAGACGGAGCGUCUGAGCCAAAAAUGGCCGAGUCACCAGGAGGCGAGCUGCGGCCUUUCGACUCUUCCGAGACAGAAGACGACGACGACGACGGCGGCGGCGGCGAAGUGUCUCACUCCCACAAGGAGGAAAACAAUAAUGAGACUACACAGAGCGUGCUACAAGAAACAUUGGAUGAAGCGCAUCCUGAUGCAGAGGAAGUUCAUGAGAAGGAAAAUUCCUGUGUUGAUCAACAAAGCUUAGAGAGGGAGCCAAGAGAGAGUCAAGUGGAAGAUGUGGAUGUGGUUGAAGACCACGAUAUGGCUGACAAAGGCCAGGAUGCUGACUUAACAUCAAAGCCAAAAAAGUCUCGUUUUGAGUGCAAAGAGUGUGGAAAGUGCUUCACUCGCCGUGAGACGUUCUACCUUCACCGCCACUAUCAUGCUCACAAGGAUGAACUUGUGCCACUCACCUGUAAAGAAUGUGGCCUUUCCUUCAGUGACCGUAGGAGCCUCAUAAAACACAGACAUGAACAUGAAGAGAGGGAGGAGCCAAAGUACGAGGAGAAACGUGGCUUUCAGUGUGCAGAAUGUGAGAAGACUUUCUCUUCAGUGCGAAAGCUGCGGUCCCACAAAUGCAUCAAUUCAGAUGACAAGCCUUACCGCUGUACAGUGUGCCGUCAAGAGUUCCAGUAUAGAUUAUCUGUCACCAAGCACAUAUUGAACCACUCCAAGGAGGACAGUGUGAAAUGUGAGGUGUGCGGUCAAACCUUCCCAGACUACAGGAUCAUGCGUGUCCACCAACGACGUCACCCAGACCUUAAACCCUUUGAAUGUCCUGAGUGUGGCAUGGUUUUUAAAUACCACUCCAUCAUGGAAGACCACCGUCGCAAGCACACUAACAAGCAACCCUCUCACCUGUGCAACAUUUGUGGUAAGACUUUCAAGUACAGCAGUCUCUUUCAACAACAUCAGUAUCUGCACACGGGCGAGAAGGCUUUCAACUGUCCUGAAUGUGGUAAAAAAUUUGCUUUUGCUCAGAAUAUGAAGGCACACUGUCGCCAGCACAGGCUGCAUCAAACCAACACACUUCCCUCUACCGAGCAGCCCACCAAGCAGACCACUGUGUCUGCACCGGUGCCUGUGCAAGCACUGCAGAGGAAAGAGAAUGCACACCAGAGUGAAGAACCAAAACGCACUUUUAACUGUCCUCUUUGUCCCCAGACGUGCAGCACCCCGGCCAACCUGAGAGCCCACAUGCUUAUUCAUGAGAUGGAGUAUGAGACACUGGAGAGAAGCACACAGCCAUCCCCAGAGGUUAAAAAGGUUUGGGACAAAGGGCACACCUGUCCACACUGCCCAUGUACUUAUCGUGAUGAGAUAAGUUUACGAUUACACAUAUUGAGAGCCCACAAGUAUGUAGCACAAGAUUCAGACAAAAUGGCAGCUGUCGCUCCAAAAGAAUUGAGACCUGUAAUUGGUGAAAAUGCACUCACAAAAUUCAGAAAUGAAGGCUUAGCGAUUAGGCCGUACAAGUGCUCUGAGUGCGGAAAAACAUUCCGCCAUCGCUCAGUAUUAGACUUGCACAUGCGCAUCCAUUCCAAGGACAAGCCUUACCAGUGUAAAGUGUGUGGCAAAGGCUUCCGAUUCAGCAGCUACUUGCAGCAGCAUCUCAUCAUCCACUCGGGUAAGAAGCCACACAAAUGUCCCGACUGUGGAAAGGAUUUUGCCUUCUUGCAGAACAUGAGAACCCACCAGAAGCUGCAUCAGGAAAAACCCUUCCGCUGCACCAGUUGCCGCAAAGGCUACAGUGACGAGCUGCAACUGCAGCACCACAUGCUCUCGCAUAACGGCGAGAAGCCUCAUAAAUGCCACCUCUGUGAGAAAAGUUUCGGUUUGGCAUAUCUGCUCCGCGACCACAUGAACACGCACACGGGGGAGCGGCCUCAUCACUGUGGCGAGUGCAACAAAUCCUUUUCCUGGUUGAGCAGUUUGCUAGUGCACCAGAAGAUCCACUCUCGCAAGCGCCAAAGUCAGGGUCAUUCCUUCUCCACUGCUGGAAGAAUGAGAGGAAGGGGUAACAGAGGGGGAAGGCCGACAUGGGGUAUGUCUAGACUGUUAGGGGGGCCUCCUCUUGAUGCUGACCUGCACAGAGAGCUGGACACAGUGUCACAAUCUUCCAUGAUCUCCUCGUGCGAGGAGUUGCAAGUGAGAAUGCGGAAGGAGGCAUUGCUUUCUGACCGACAAAGGACACCUGUUCAAUGGAAGGUGGAUGGUGAAGAGGUGAUGCCUGUCCAGUCAUCGCGGCACUCACAAAUGUUUGACAGCCCACCGCUCGAGAGAUCUCCUCAAGCUUAUGCACAGAAAAAAUCCAGCCCCUUGCGAGUGACUGAGCAGUCUGGGCUCAAAGCUACUACUUCCUAUGGUUCUUUGCAACGUAACUCUGCUGGGCCGUCGUCCUUCAUGGAUGGUGCAGUGUUGUGGAGUGUCCGACCUCCUCUUCUCAGUCAAGGGCUACAGUCGCCAAGAUGGUCUGGAGCCCUGGUGUCUACACAAACACAAGAGACACUCACGCAAGCAAUAUCGUUGACUGUUAACCAGCCUGAGGCGUCGCAGAUGGAUGUAGAGUCCCAAAAACAGAGAGCCUCAGCCUUAGCAGGUGUACCAACCGCAGCUCAGAUAGACCAAAGCAGCCUCAUGCCACUCUCAACUCCUGUUUCUCAAGGGGUAGUUGGCGCUCUGUGGGACAUUCAAGCGCCACUGGGGAUUUCGGGCAAAAUGAACUCACCCGAGAAGCAGGCAGGAGUGGCGACAGCAGCCUGGACUAAUGUGCAGAAUCAGACUGCCACACAGCAACUUCCCAUCUCUAUCCAUCCCUUUGGCCAGGGGAUAGGCACUGCAGUCUGGGGCUUCCAAAAUAAUCCUGCGCUUCUCACUGGACAGCUCAAACCAAGGAGCACACAGGAGCUGCGGCAGCAAACUUUGGCAGUCACUGGCAGUCAGAUCGUCCUCAACCAGCCUACACCCUUUUUCUCACCACCACUCACCCCACUGUCUGCACUGGCUUUGUCUGGCGCACACCCUCUUCACGCUGUUGCAGUCAAUGCACUGCAGAGACCACCACACCCAAAUAUUUUCUUCACCCCGCAGGCUGUCAUGACCGAGAGACCACCCAUGCCACAAACCCUGCCCCUACCUCAGCUCUCCUCACAGACCGAAGCUCACAAACUCGGAGUUUCCCGUUUGCCUUUUGCCCCAGACCGACUUCUGCAGUGCAUGAUAUGUGGCUGCUCUCUCCCGCGGGAGCUGGAUCUACAGAUGCAUUACUUGCAACAUGCACAAGGAGAGAUUUGACUUUACUACAGUUUAGGUUUUUUUGCAUUUCUUAUUCUGACUCUUGACUCUUGCUUGUGCAUUUUGGAUGGGCAUUGGAAGUGAAAAAAACUUGAAUUAAGCUACACACUUAUUUUAUUUCACUCAAAAUUAGACUACAUAAAGUGUUGGUUUGGCUUAUAUGUAGUAGUGUCACUCUGUAAAAUGCAUUUUAAUAAGCAAUUUCAACUUGGACCAGUGAGAUUUCAUUUACUGCCAAUGAUGUUUAGAGUUAGACAAUUUUUAACUUAAAUGUUUUUUUCCAUAUGUCUAACAGUUUGUCCCUUGUACAGUAUACAGUGUGCCUUUUUUAUGAGUGAAGUCUGCAUGUCUGCUAUGUUUGUAUCCUACUAGGCUUAGUUUGUACUUAGACUGAACAAUGACCUCACUCCUCAGAACAACUGUCCUCCAUGUGCACUGAAAACAUCACAACCCUUGCAUUUUCCAUGUUUGAAACAAUUAGUAUGACUGUCAUACUAAUACUUAGUCAUUACUAUUAACAAUAAAGUUCUCAUGGGGAGUUGAGAAAACAAAGUAUGCUACCACAGUGUGAGAAUAUCCAUCAUAACAAGGGGCUUUUUUUGACGUAAACUUUUUAGUAGUUACUUGAUACAAGUAGCAAGACCUCUAUUCACCAUCCAGUAAGGAACAGCUACUGUUAACGCCAAUAUUCCUAAAUGCUGUAAGAAAAAAAGAACACUGUUAAAAUGACAAAUUGAAACGUAUUAACUGACCUAAACGUAAUACCACAAGAUUAAAGAGGAAACAAACCAAGACCUGCUACCUCUGUCCUUUGUUUUUGCAUGGAAUGAAAGUCUUCCUGUGAUGUCUCCAUAUUGGGUUAAAUCGGGGGUGUCAAACUUGUUUUCAUUGAGGGCCACAUUGCAGUUAAGGCUGCCCUCAGAGGGCCACUUGUAACUGUCAAUAUACUGUAUAUGAAUACACAUAUGAAUAUAACUUCAUGUUAUCACACAAUUGCCCAUGCAUUUGAUUGAUAUUUUACUAACAAAUUGAUGGAUAACUUUCUUUGGAAUGAGAACUGAAGUGAGAGAAUGACCAGGUGACAAGCAGACAUUUGAGUAUGAUUUAAAGAGAUGCCUGGAAUGUCUUGUUGCAUGAUCAGGUAAAGUUUAGAAGAACUGCACGUACUGCAAUAUUUCUAUCAAAAAUGAAAGAACCAAUACAUUUCAAAGAAAAAAGAUGACGUGCAAUAUUAUCACACAUAUUCCCAGUCUUUCGUGGGCCCCUGUGCAUUGUGUUUGACACUUGUGGGUUGAAGAAAACAUAGAUUGCUGUGUUGCACAAGAAGAUGACGGUUAGAAUCAAGAAUAUCUGUGUGGAGUUGCAUGUUCUCAGGGUGUGUGCAUGACUUUUCUCCAACAUCCCCCCACAUCCCAAAAACAUGCAUGUUAGGCGAAUUGGACACUCUAAAUUGCCUGUAUACAGGCAAUGGAGGAGUGUUAAUUUUUUGGUGUUGAUGAGAAUCUUGAAGUGGGAGUGUCAAUCUUACACUAUUUGGAGUUGAUCUAACACUGCAUUUUCUUAAAAAUGUUAAAUUUAACACUGGAUCACGAAAGUGUUGGAGUUAAAAUGGAGUGUUGAAAAUGUUCAAAUCUUGUUAUUGUCACAAUAAAGACAUUCAACACUUUCACACUCCAUUUAACGCCUAACAGUGUUCACGUGUCUUAAGCUCCGCCCACGGACAUUUCAUUUAGACUCCACCCCUCACCUCACGUUGCUGAAAUGAAAAGCAGAUGGAAGAAGUUGACAAUUAGGAAUCAUUUUGCAUCAGUAGGUAAGUAAACGUUUAAAUAGAUGAACUAAUUAAUUGUGUUGUACCUUGUUUACACAUAAAAAACGUUAGUUUUUGGUGUGAUAUUUAAGACUAAUAAACUGAGGCAGCUGUUUUCACGCAAAGCCUUUGCUAAUGUUAGCUCGUGUUUUUGCUAAGUUAUAUUUUCUAUAUAGUGUUGCUGUGAGCUGAAUCGGCACUGCCUGUGCAACAUUUGGCAAAGUAAGUGAACGCUAUGUUAUAUCUUCAUUAUACUGUCUUCAUUUUUAAUGAGCUAAUGGCUAACUAGCUAAUUGGCACGAGGAGCCCCCACACGUAGGCCUGCUGGCCCACAGCAAAGGACUUGAUAUGCUGUACAAGAUACACGAUAUCAAGGUUGGGCAACUGUAAUUGUUACUUUAAAUUAAAAAUAAUUGUCAGGCAUGUGUUGGAAGUGAACUACACAUUUUUUUUUUUUUAGAAUGAUGCAUCUUUAUUUUUCUUCUUGGUUCACAGAAAACCUUUGCUUGAGUCUUACAUGAAUGUGGCAAGUAAUAUCUUUUUUUUUUUUAUCAAGGCAUAAGCCCUGCAACUAUGUCUUUUCCAUAUUUAUUUUAUUAUUUUAGUAGGAUGUUUUAUAUUUUAUUUAUUCUUAUUCUCAGAGGUGGCUGGAGAUGUCUUUGAUGAGCUUGUCAAGUCAGGUGUUUUGUGAAAACAUUUGAAAAUGCAUGAGGUGGUUUAGAUAUCACAGGCAGUGUGGACCCCAUCAGGUACCUUGGUUUUGUCCAAAUGAGAUAUUGUUGUCAUGAUCUUUGAGGCCUCAAAUGUAUUUUUGGUCUCACUUUACAAUAAGGUACACAAAAAUACAGUAGUUACUGAGGAACUAAUUACUAAAGCACAAAUUUACAGUAGUAACACUAAUCCGAAAGGUGAGGAAAUGUUCAAGGAGUGUAACAAGACUAAAACACUAACUGAUGCAACGUGUAAACAGAUGGUGAACAUCCUGUUUGAAGAUAUGAUGGAGCUGCAUGGGUAAGAAUAAUUUGGUCACUUCCCCCUUUCCAUUAGAACAGUCAUUCCAGACUGUCAUCAACUGCAGUAAGACCAUGUAGUGUGGGAAUGGUUCUGUGAUCAUUAACUAUGAAGUUUUUUGAAAGGAGGGUUCGGUAGGGAAUUUAGAUGAGAGCAACUUUCCAGUAUCGACAGAAUAUGAUCCAAGCACAAGAUGUAUCAUCGUUUCUCCUCAAUGUGUUCCCUCGCUUCCGUGAUGUUCCUGGAUUGAUUGACCAGGAUUUCUCAAUGAUGUUUGGUGAUGAAGUAUCUCGGAGGUUCCUGGCUAAGUGGUCAACUGUGUUCAAACCAAGAGUCAUUGCAGACUGCAAGACUCUCCCGCAAAAGCAGAACAUUGAUAAGUUGCUGUCAGGAACUGAACCUCAACCUGAUGACAGCUGUGGCUGGGGCAGUGACACAUCCUCCAUCCUUCUACUCCUGUAUCUGCUCCCUCUGACUUCUAGAGGCCAGGAAAAAAACAGCAAAGAUCAGUUUGGCUCAAGCAGCCAACCAUCUUCUCAGACAUCUCAAGGAAGGAGCCAGUGUGACCCCCUUCUAAGACUGUUGACACAAGACAACCAUUUCUCCUCUGCAUCAGUAAGCAAAGGUGACAUCCAGAGGUUCUACAUUAAUAUUGACCAAAAGCCGGUUUCAUGCAAGGCACAUACAUUUAUUGCAGCUUUUGAUGAACUGUUGAAAGCUCACUAUGUCUUCAGUCUCUCGUAUGGUUAAAAAUGGAUAAGAGCAAACAUUUGGGUCUGAAUGCUGCCCAGUCAUGGUGUCUUCUAUGUAACACUCCACUUAUAUUUGGUGAUGUCAUUAAAAGGAAGAAUGAUCACUGGAACUUCCUCCUCCUUUUGAUGCAGAUUGUCAACAUACCUGUAGUGUUCUCCUACACCAUAACUGAUGGAAUGAUCCUUUACUUGAAACAUCUGAUAAGUGACCACCACACUCGGUACAAAGCAUUGCUUUCUGGUAAGAAGUAAGAAGCACCGCUUGAUGAUACACUAUCCAAGAUGCAUACAAAGCAUUGGCCCUCUUAUCCAUUCGUGGUGCAUGCGUUUUGAAGGCAAACACAAUUCUUUCAAAAGGUGUGGUUAAAAUUUUCAAAAAUCUCUGUCGUUUGUCGUGGCCUUUCAUAAUGAAAAUGAUUAUUUUAGAAGAUUUGCAUUUGGCCCUACAACUUCAAAAACAAUCUGCAACUUGAAAGGUGGGGAGGAACGUGGUCAGGCAUUAUGUCUGCAAGCAUCUUCCAAGUGUGUCAAGUACCAACUGAGUGAGAAGUUACGGUAUAGAGCACCAUGUUGGUUUGUUCAUAUGUACUGGAUGUAGCUUUGAUCUACCUGUGUUCAAGAAGAUCUGUGAUAUAAUGAAACACAAAGAAUGUGCUUUCACAAUAGCUGUAAUGUAGAAACGAUGUACUAUGAUGACCUGUUUAAUGCGUACUGCAUAGAAGACCAAAUGCUUGAGUUUUCUGUCAUGUGUUUAAAUGAAAUGACUCAUUUCAGACCAUUUGACAAGCAGUGCUCUAAUGACAGUUGUCAAAGAGCAUACGUACUGUAGUGCCCUGCUGUUAUUUAAGCUACUGUUUGUUGGAAAUGAAAUGUUUUUGAAUAAAAUGUGUGAAGCCGUCAA